CUGCGGAUGUACCGUUAGAGGAGUUGAGUAAACGAAGAGGAUGUACGAUAACAAUAGGCAUCGUUCAUCAUCUGUAAACUACGGUAAUCUAACGGUAUGCUGUGACUGGAGACCUCGGGCUAACACAGGGCUCUCACUGCGCAUUUCUGCAUACAAGCACACCUGUCUCGCCUCCCCUUGAAACCAAAAACAUUUCUUGUCAUCUCGGUGAAGACGAAAAGUUCCGACAGGACGGUAUUACGGAGUCAGGUUGGAGCAGUCUCGCUCAGGAUGGCCGGCCGGGGGAUAGCUCCGUCAGCAGGUGCGCUGGUGUUGCUGGUGACAUGGGCAGGUGUCGGCUGGAUCGCAGACUGCGAGGCUUCCAAAUCAGCACAACAACUCCUUGAGGACAAGAUGCGGGGCUAUGACCCCUUGAUUAGACCGGUGCAAAACAACUCCGAUGUCGUAAGCGUCCUCAUCUCACCAACAAUCUCUCAGCUCAUCGACAUCGACGAGCAGAACCAGGUCAUGAUCACGAGUCUGUGGUUGAAACAGAAGUGGAAGGACAACAAGCUUACCUGGAACCCAGCCGACUACCACGGCAUCGAGCAGAUGCAAAUACCCAUCGAGCAACUGUGGAGCCCGGACGUUGUCCUCUACAAUACAGCCAAUGGAAACUUUGCUGCGGAUCUUAUUAACUGGGCAACGGUCAAGUACGACGGUACGGUCCACUGGAAUCCUCCUGUCAUCUUCAGGAGUUCCUGUCUCAUCGACAUCUCCUACUUCCCCUUCGACGAGCAGCGUUGCAAGAUGAAGUUCGGCACCUGGACCCACGACGGCUCGGUGGUGGAUCUGAACCCUCUGACUCAGCGGGUGGAGCGCGAGAACUACCGGCCCAACGGGGAAUGGGACAUCGUGGAAUCGCCGGUGGAGAAACACGCCAUCAAGUAUCCCUGCUGUGCAGAGAUCUUCAUCGAUGUUACUUACACUUUCGUCCUGCACCGCAACCCGUUGUUCUACAUCAUCACGCUGAUCAUGCCGUGUAUUCUCAUCGCUCUCUUGACUGUCUUGGUGUUCUACCUCCCGUCGGCUGCCCAGGAGAAAGUCACGCUGUCCAUCUCUGUCCUCAUUGCCCUAAUUGUGUUCCUCCUUCUUAUCCCUUCCAUCGUCCCUCCUACAUCCACUACGGUGCCUCUCAUCGCUCGCUACAUGCUCUUCACCAUGGCCAUCGUGUCUCUGUCCAUCUUCGCAACCGUCUGGACUCUCAAUCUCCACUUCCGCAACAGCAACACCCACGUUAUGGGCAGUUGGACCAAGAAGAUCUUCCUGGGUGUCCUACCAAGGCUGCUGUUUAUGGAGCGGCCAGGCGCGGCUGAGGAACGCAAGGAGACGGCCAGACAGAAGCAGAGGGAGCGGUCUCUCAUCCGAAGCAACGUGUCCUCAUCUUUCAUCUACUCGCCGGUGGACGGUGCAGGUGGGCGCGGGAGAAAGGAGCCCAGAGGAUACUCCAAGAUGGUGGUAUCUUCCUCUACCAUAUCUCCUUCCCUUCGAGAAGAGAUUGAGUACCGGGAGCGGAGCAGCACACUGAAGAGAUACGGAGAGCACAACCCUGUAAAGAGGGGUUGGGAUGAUCUCCUGGAAGGUCUUCAGUACAUCCAAGAGAACUUGAAGAGCACAGAUGAAGUAGAAGAUUCUGAGGAGGACUGGAAGUACGUAGGCCUCGUGGUAGACCGCCUCCUCCUGUGGAUCUUCUUGAUCGUGGUGGUAGUGGGCACGGCAGUGUUCUUUAUGCAGGCCCCGAUCAUGUGGGAGGCACCAGACGUCCACAAGAGAGAGGUGUUUGAGGAUCCCGAGGUACUACUGUCCGCGAAGUAUUACGAUCUCUAUCCCACGGUGCCUCCCAGCCUGCCAGCUGACGCACAGUUGUCGUAAGGAGUUCAAGACCAACGUGGAAAUAUUCUUCAUCCUCGAAGGAGGCCUAAUGGUUCAAGCUAAAAUACCGGAGCAAACUGGGUGAUGUCUAUAUACCCAAGGCUCUGUCAUCAUCAUCAUCAUGUCGGCCACAGCCGGGCUCCGAUACAACUGCCCCACUCCCUCCGGUCCUCCAUAAGGGUGGCAAGCUCUCCGGCCGUCUCCACUCCAGUGUCCCUCUUCAGCACCCCCACAUAGGACAUAGCUUGCCUACCCCGCCUCCUCCUGCUAUAAUGUUUCGGCUCCCACAGAACCACCUGAUGGGCCCUGAGCUCAGGGUGGCGCUGGCAGUGCCCUGCAAGUCGAAUCCGUAGUGCCGCCAACUACAAUCCUGGCCAAAUCUCGCUGGGCCCCCAAACCCCCGGCUCCCGUUCAGUGUUGUCUGUCAUUGCGCGGUGUGUGCUCCAUCAGCUGGAGAGAACAACAUUGACCGGGGGAGCGGGGGAGUGGGUGACCGUGGCAGGCUCAGGAAGUGUCCCAACCAUUUUGGCAGGGAUUGUAGUCACCCACCCUCGGGAGGUCGCCGUAAAGGCUCUGUGGUAUCGGUGCUAUUGUUUGGACUCUUCUGUGACAGGACUUGUAACUAUAAGACAUAGUUCAUCUUUCCUAAUGACUUUUUGAGGGUUUGCAAAGUGCUGUAAAAAAGUUUUAAAAUCACGGUUACAAAGGAUUCAAUAAAUCGCUUUACAAGAAAAAAUUGCCAUUUAUAAUAAAUUUGGUUAUUGUAGUUCACAAUCAGUCCUGUGUGGAGUCAAAUGAAGACUGUGAUGCAUUGAAACGAACGCUGUGAAUCUGAGGUAUUUUGAAAAUUUCUAAAUAAAUGAAAUUGAAAUUUUAAAUGAAACUAAAUAAAUAUUUGUUUAUUUGAGUGAUUUGUAACUCGCCCACAAGACGUAUUUGAUUAUUAACUGUAUGCCUGUCUUCUAACUGAGCGGCAUAAUUAUAAUCGUCGCCAAAAUGGUACCACUUUUUCUGAGUGGGUGUAUAAUGCAGUGCUAAUAAUAAGAGCAUGCCUUCGAGAUCAAAUUUAUGCAGAAAUUCACAGUCUAGAUGGCCUUCUCUGUUUUUGUAUAUACUUUAUUUUAUAUGUAUAAAUCGUUGUUUGAUAUAAUCCGUUUGGUUUACAGAUAAUUGAUUUCUUUUGUGUGAUACUUUCCUUUUUGUGGCUUCCUUUAAAAUAUUCUAACAACCGGACUCGUAAAGUUGGUACAAUUAAUUUUGUUGAAGAAAUUGAACGUGGACUGUUAUCCUUUACAUUGAACAAGUGCACAAUUUAUGUGUAAUCAAACCUUGUUGUUGACACAGCCUAUUUAUUCACUAAUAUCGAAAUAAAAGUAAAUAGUAAAAGUAAACCCCCCAAAUAAAACAAGUUUAAAAUAAAUACAUUGUUCUAAUGUUGCCAUUAUCGUUCCUUCAGUUAAAGUCCCUUAAGUUUUUAAUUUGUUUCUCCCCUUCUGUUAUUUAUGAAAAAGUUGCAUUUUUUACCCAGAAGAUAACAAAUAAUAUGGAUUUUUGUAUUUUGUUUUAUAUAAAGAAAGUGGGUGAAAUGUUAGAAAAAAAAAAGAGUGUAUAACACAAGCGAGUUCUGUUUUUUUUGUAGGUUUUAUUAUCCAGUGCGUUCAUUGCAAAAUGACUUGUCCUAAAUAAAGUGUUGAGAAGACCCACACAAAGCAUCAACUGUCCUUUCCGGAAACAAUCUUGGACAGGCGGUAUCAAACACCUUUGUCUUCCUGACCGAAACAUCGCAUAUUCUACAGAAAAUAAAACUUACAAGCAUAAGAAAGAGUGAACAUAUAGGUACAGGAAAACAUAUUACCAAAAUGAAAAAAAAUUCAAUUUGUUUAUAUUGUAGUUUUGAUUUCUCAUCAAGUAAAAUACACAUGACACACUCCGCAUGAUGUCACCUGACACUCGAUCGAUCACACGCACGAGAUUUCAUUAAAAGCGGUACAUUCAUGAACAACAUGAGAGUGCAAUCAAUACGAAAAUGUAGUCCUGUAAUACAUCGUGUGACUUUGCGUAAUGAACAUUAUGGAUUGUAGCUUCAGCUGGAAUGAAAUCUAAUAACGAGUCAUGCAGUCAUGUGAAAAAAAAUGUCACUGGCUAAAGCAUUAUCUUUAUUGACUAUAGAAAACACGGUAGCAGGAUCCUGGAGACAAGACAAAUAAAACAAGCAAUGUAUCAUAUAUUGUU